UCCAAAAACAGUCACUUCAAAUGAUUUCCAGCUGGGAGAUCAUGUUUUGGAAAGCAAACAUGUUUACACUCAGGGGUCACACCCAGUCCAAAAGCCAGGAUCUGGAUACCUGUCAGAAGAAUCCUCAUCAGAGUAUUCUUUGUCAACAUUAGGUUUUUUCUCUAAUAAAGGAUACAUCUGUGCCAUCUGGUCCUCCAUGGGUGUCAAGUUAAACAGCAAAUGGUGUAUUUGUAUGAGUGCAAUACCAUCUCCACCCAGCUGGCAUGUGGCUCACAGAAAAUCAAGCACACCCGUCUCUCCCACUCAGGCCUUCAGGAGCCUAUAAAGCAACUCAGCACACCUGUGUUUGAGAUAAUCUCUACAAACAAAGACCUCAUCUUCAAGCUCCUGCAGAACACCACUGGUUUUCAACCUGCUCAGGUGUCAUGUAUUGGAAAGAACAGUGAUUUAAAGAAAAGAAAAGAGAAAUAAAAUAAAAAGAUGACACUGAGAAGAGUUGGUCCGGGAUUUCUUUGAUGGGAGCAAGCCUUGUCAAGUUUGGGCAGAAGCUAAGGUGUUUUGUAGAGACUAAAAACUUGACAGUUGAAAAUCAAUGGAAACCAGCUGGAAACCAGUUCGAACCAAUUGGGAACCAGUUGGAAACCAACUGAAGAUCAGAUGGAAGUGAAGACCUGAGAAGAGCUUUGACGAAUCAAGUCAAGGAGGAACAUCAGGUCAUCUCAUCUAUACAGUCCACAAUGGCUGAAGAAAUGUUUGGAAAGUCAGUGAAACAAUUAAAGCUGGAUCGCACCAUGGCAAAGUCUUCCUUCACCAAGCAAGCAAACUUCCUGAGCAGAAAAGCUUCCAACAUGACAGAGAUGGAACUGCGAGAGGAGUUUAAAAAGCUAACUUCUGAUGCCAGACAUGUAAGUGAUUCAAAUGAUGAUUACAAAGCUGGACUAUUGGCAGAGGUGGGAGAUGAAGCUGAUGAACUUGAUAAACAGCAAAAAACUGAUUUGGAAAAGACUAUUAUUGACUGUGAAUUAAAAUUAGAAGAAGUCAAACAAAUAGUUCAGUCUAAUUUGUGGAAAAAAUAUGGUCAAGAUGAACUCUAUACUGCAAUCCAAGAGGCAGAAAAGGCCUGUACUGAUGCUUCUGACAUAAAAGUUUUAACUGUGUACAAAAGCGCAUAUGAAGUGCAGCUGUCCUUCGUGGAGAAUGUGAUCCAGGAAUCUAUUAAAUGUUUUGUGACCUGGGAAAUGUGGAUUCCAGUAGAAGAAAGGGACAAUAUAGAAGACAGAGUAAAACAAAUGAAAUUGAUGAAAAAUAAACUUCAAACAAGAAAAUCGCAGUUUGCCAUAGCACAAACGAUUGCAGAGGAGGAGAGGAAAUCAGAUGCUGCUCAAUCAGACCUUACAUCUUUUCCUAUACUAGCUCAACCUGCACCCAGUGUAAAGAUUAGACCCAUUUGUCUACCAAGAUUUCAUGGCUGUAAAAGAAACUUUCACAGAUGGAGAAAAGACUGGGAAAGCCUGCAAAAGCAGGGAGAACCAAGUGGCUCAGUGGAAGUGAAAAAGUUUCAGUUGUUGGAUAGUGUGGAUGAAAGAAUCUGUAAUGAAUUACAUCUGUCUGCUUAUGAUACUGCUGCAGAUAUGUUCCGAGUGAUGGAAAAUAGGUAUGGCGACAAGUUAAGCAUUGCUUUAGAAAUUAUUGAAGAGCUUGAGAAGACUCCACCCCUGAAAGCAAACCAGCCAAGGAAAGUGAUAGAUCUUAUUCAAGCAAUUGAAAAGGCUCUAGCUGACUUAACAGAGUUAGGUAACAUUGGAGCAAUGAAAAAUCCUCUGGUUAUUAAAUCUCUAGAGAGUAAACUACCUGAUGUUAUAAAGAGAGACUGGCUAGUUUUUAUGGUUAAUCCUGCCAAUGCAGUUACACCAGAUAACCAUUUUGAUAGUCUUCUCAAAUUUUUAAAAACACAGGAGGAAGUUCUAGAGAAAUUGGAGCCACCUGGAGUGAGUGAAAAGGUUGAGAAGAAGUUUGAGAAACGACAUGCUUUUACUCGAUCCACAAGAAAGAAUCAUGUCUGUAUUGUGUGUGGAGACGCAAGACAUGGAGAUAAAAUAUUCUUCUGCAAACAGUUCAAAGCAAUGAAUUUACCUGAAAAGCUCAACAUUGUAAAGACGUUGGACACAUGUAAAAGGUGUUUGAGAAAGCAUGGAGAUGCUGAUUGCAUCAAUACUUACCUUUGUAGAAAUAAAGAUUGUAAGAAAAGAAGCUUUUCAGAUCACCAUUUCCUCCUUUGCCCAAAGGGUGAGCUUACAAAGGUUGAGACUGUUAAACCAAGAAGGGAAAAUAGACUGACAGAAGAGCAGGAAAAAUUUAUAGCUGGACUUUCACCAGAACUAGCAGAAGAAUGCAGAAAAGCCUUUUCAAAUGUGACCGCUUCAACAAAAAACACAAAGUGUGAAGCCUCUGGGCUUAUGAAGUCAUAUGGACUAAAAGAGCAACCUGUCAUUCUAAUGCUAUUGGAAGUCACUACGAACGCAGGCCAGAAAAUAGGCACUUUGAUUGACUUGGCUUCUGAUACUAAUUACAUUACUCAUCAAGCAGCUAAAAGGUUGAGCCUAGAAGGUGAAAACAUAACAUUAGUUGUUCAUGGUGUUGGGGGAAUGUCAGUCAAAGUUAGAACAAAGAGAUACCUGUUAAGAGUGAGAGUUAAGACCCCCAAAGGGACAAUGAAAGCUCACCAACUCAUCUGUUAUGGACUUAGUGAAAUUGCUAAAGUGCAUAAAGUCAUUCAACCACUGCAGCUGCAAAAGUGUCAGCACAAUCAAACAAUGGCUUAACUUAAAGAAAGUAAAUUUGACUUUGUCAUUUUAAAUCAGGGGAAUUACUUUAAUCCUUUUUAUCAAAGAACGCAGACUUUGAAUUAGACCACAUCCGCAGGGCACCAGCAGCAAACUGUAACGACAAAACAUAGAUCAGAUUCUCCAAAGACAUCAUUCAUUUGUGUAGUCAUCACAAAUAUCUUCAAUUCACUGUGUAUCCGAGUGAAAUCUCCACUGCUCGUGGCUCUGUGGCUGCUAUCGUCGAAAUAAGUGUGAAACCGCUUCUCCAAGCAGUCGCAUUCCUCCUCAGAGACAACAGCUUUUGUUGUAGUUCAGAGUCAGGCCUGGAGCUCAGAACUCCAAGCAAGUCUGUAUGUAGUUAGCCAUGAGCAACUCAUCACAUGAAGCCUUAUCUCCUACUUGUCCAGUUCUGCUCAUUAAAUGGUGGAUGUGAUCUAUUCAAUCUACGCUUCAAUUAUUAUAUAUAUACUCUAACAGAUGGAAAACACCAAAACCUUGUAAUCACCAGCUUCUUCCUGAUCUGAUCUUGCAGAUCUUCCUCUUAAACCAAUCUUGUAAAAUAGAACUAAACAAACAAAACAAAACAAUAAACAAAAGCUUAAAAUGUGCUGCAGUUGUACAGUUUACAUUUAUCAUCAAAACAAUGAAUAUCAGUGUGAAUUAAACAGUCCAGUUUAAAUUACUUUUAUAGAACAAACUAGAUCUUACUGGUUAUUUGUCUAAAACAUUCUACAUGCGUUCCUUAAACAAAAAUUCAAAAGAGUUAAACCUGGAGAAAUUAUAAUGUCAAUGUAUAACUUAACAAAUCCAGACAUUUUCAA